GGCACAUUUCAUCCCUCCUUCCGACGACAAAGCCGGAUCUGGAUUUUGGGCAGAAGAGCAACGCCAGAGCAGGCUGAAAUAGUCCUGCCGACUCUGUGAGGAAGUCCUGCUCCGGGUGAACCUUCGUCGAGGCUGCAGGUUGCGUCAGUAGAGAAAGCAGACGGACGGGCAUUAGGCACUGCGAGAAACCAACCAGUGUUUCCAAGUCCGACAGGCAUCCUCGAAACAACCAGAAACUGACAAAAACCACCGAUCAAGAUGGCCCCGACUAUCAUACAGUGGAUCCUGGAUACACGGCAAUUAUGGCCGGAGGCCACUGAAACGAAGCAACUCGAGCAAGCCGCAUCCCGAGCUUUCGCACUCCUCACCGCCGACGAGCGUAAAGCCGUGCUAAAGUACUACCACGUCCGCGACGCGAAGCUGUCCCUGGGUUCGCACCUCCUGAAACGCUACGCCAUCAGCCGCUUCUGCGGCGUCCCCUGGCACGAUGCCACCGCCGUCCGCGACGAGCGCACCAAGCCCAUCUUCCGCACCGCCGACGGCACCAGCCCGCUCAGCUUCAACGUGAGCCACCAGGCAGGGCUGGUCGCCAUGUUCGCGGUCCACGGCUACGACGUCGCCGCCAGGGGCCCCGUCGACGUCGGCGUCGACAUCGUCUGCACCUCGGAACGCCGCACCAGGGAUCACGGCAUGCUCAGCAAAGAAGGCUGGCCCAAGUUUGUCGACGUCCACGCCGACGUGCUCUCGCCCAUCGAGGCCAGCUUCCUCAAGUGGCAGGUCCUGGCGGCGAUCCCGCCGGGGUUGAAACCGGGCGCCUCGCUCGAGGACGUGGCCGACUUCAAGCUGCGGUGCUUUUACGCGCUGUGGUGUCUGCGGGAGGCGUACGUCAAGAUGACGGGCGAGGCACUCCUCGCGCCCUGGCUGGGGGAUCUGCAGUUUAAAAAGUUCCGGCCGCCGACGCCUGCGGAGAACUUUGGUGCCGAAGGCGAGGCGGUCGCGGAUCAUGAGAUUGUUUUCAAGGGGGCCAAGGUGGAGGAUGCGAAUGUGUCCCUGAGGGCCCUGGGUCCCGAUUACAUGACUUGCUCUGCUGUCCGGACGCCGGAGCACAAGGAGGACGGGCUCGCUUUCGAGCUGGGGCCGUACAAGAUGCUGGAUAUAGACGAAGUGCUCGCUUUCGGAGAAGAGCAUCAGUAACUUUUACUUGCUUACAUAUCCGGCUUUUAUAUAGAUGUUUGUAGAUCUGUCUCAUUAUUGAGGGUGAUGACUCUGUAUAUUGCAGUACUGGCUGCAACUGAUUUCAAACUUGGAUUGUUCCCGGCAGACCUUUCAUACCUCGUAUCUAGACCGUUCAUCGUUCUCCUCGUAUUCUGAAGAAACAAAUCGGAGCCUGCCAACCUUCACGCAGGUUCAAGCUCUCUAAAACUAUUUGGCCUAGGUUCAAAC